AUGGAAGUUGAAAUCCAGAAAGGGAUAGACCAAUUAGACUCACAAGUAAUCAACACAAUCAACAGCGCGAUUCGGUUGAUAGAAAAGAGUGUCACCGAGAAGGGUGAACACCUCACGAACAAACUGAACCGACAGACGGCGUGGCUACGAAAACACUUGAUCCGCCCUAACAUCCUCUUAACUGCCGUACAAGAACAUGUCACUAAGAAAUCGGCAUUGUUUGAACCAUUAAAAAGUUUUACAGUGUCACACUUCCCAUCAUCUGGAAAUGAUAUGAAUAUAUUACAACCUUUACCAGUUUUCGAGUUUGAUGAUAUCUUGGCUGUUGGAUUGCUGGAGAAGGAAAGUUUCAUAUUACUUUUAGUUGUCAUUGCAUGCUUGGACUCGGGGAAAUUGGCGGAAGGCUUCUUCUGGGCGAAGAAGGCGAUUAGCAGAGCAAGCAAAUUGCAUAUAUCGACUGACGUCCUCAUUGCGAAGUUGUUCUUCUUCUUUGAAAGAAGCGCGGAGUUGUGUAACGUCGACGUCACGAAUGAACUUAUUGUUGCACACACAACCGCGACAUUAAGACAAGCUAACGAAACAAAAGCGACACUUACAAACUUGAUUGUUCGAUCAUACUUGAGUACUUCACAAUAUUCAUUGUGCGAGAAAUUCAUAACGAAGAGUGUUAUCAACCAAUGUGUGUCGAAUCAACAACAAGCAAGGUACUACUACUACCUUGGACGUAUUCAGUGCAUCAAUUUGAAGUAUUCUGAUGCGUACGAAUCGUUGACCACAGCAAUCCGUAAAGCGCCACAACUUCCAAAGGCAUAUGGAUUCCAUGUUUGUGUCACCAAGUGGUUGUCUCUUGUGCAAUUGUUAAUGGGUGAGAUCCCAAGAAGGAAACAGUUCCUUCAGAGCGGAAUGUUGAAUGCGUUGCUUCCGUAUUAUCGAUUAACACAAGCCGUACAAGUUGGAGAUUUGGAAGAGUUCAGAAAGGUUGUUGAAGCAUUCACUGAUUGGUUUGUCGAGGACAAAACUAAUGGCCUUGUUACAAGAAUCAGACAGAACGUCAUCAAAACGGCAGUGAGAAAGAUCUAUGUUUCUUACAGCCGAAUUGGGUUGAAGGAAAUUCAGAAGAAACUCCAAUUAGAGACAGUGGAAGACACUGAGUGUAUUGUCGCGAAAUGCAUUCAAGAUGGCGUUAUUGAUGGUGUUAUCGAUCACGACAACCAGACACUUAUUGGGAAAAACACACUGGACAUUUACACAACUAAUGAACCACAAAUUGUGAUGGAAAAUAGAAUCAGAGGAUGUAUGCAACUCCAAAGAGAUAUCGAGAAGUCAAUGAUCUUCGAGGACAACACAAAGAAAGUGCUUGAGUCUGGUGCGUAUUUCGAUGUUGAUUUACAAGACCAUGGCAUUUAUGGGGAUAUGAGGUAA